UUGAAAACCAACAGAUUCUGGGGUUAAACUAAAGAAAAUUACUGGCAUGUAUAUCUGUGCAAAAUAAUGUUUUUUUUGUUUCUUUUUCCUCAGAAUGGGAAUGAAAACCUUGUCACUGUGGCUGCUGCUUGUGGGGAUGUUACUGCCACAGCACCGCUGUCAGCACUGGUCAUAUGGACUGAGCCCAGGAGGGAAGAGGGAACUGGAUAGUCUUUCAGACACACUGGCCAAUAUAGUUGAGGGGGCUCCACAUGUGGAGACACCCUGUCGCAUGUUGGGUUGUGCAGAGGAAUCACCUUUUGCCAGAAUUUAUAGAAUGAAAGGAUUCCUUGGCAGUGCCACUGACAGGGAAAAUGGACACAGAACAUAUAAAAAAUAAUGACUGCUUGAUUCUACAAUAAAUAAUUAUCUUUGCAUAA